UGGAUCGCCGGACCAUUCAGUCUUUUCCCGUUCGACUAGUGUUCUCCGAUCUGUGAGGUUGCUCGCACACCUAUUUUUUAAUUCCUUUAAGUUAAUAAAUCCAAAAACACAAAUCCAAAAUGGCUGAUGAUGAGAAGAAAGCAGCUGCACCUGCACCGGCUUCAGCCGCUGCACCCGCGCCAGCGGCAGCAGCAGCAGCAGCAAAACCAGCCGCCCCAGCUGCCGGAGCUGCUCCAGCGGCAGCACCAGCCGCAGGCGCUAAGGCAGCUGCGCCAGCAGCCCCAGCUAAACCACUAGAUCCCAAGGAUGAGGCAAAGAAGGCUAAACAGGCCGAGAUUGAACGCAAGCGUGCUGAAGUGCGCAAGCGUAUGGAGGAAGCCUCCAAGGCUAAGAAGGCCAAGAAGGGUUUCAUGACCCCAGAAAGGAAGAAGAAGCUUAGGUUGUUGCUCCGUAAAAAAGCCGCUGAAGAGCUGAAGAAAGAACAAGAACGCAAAGCCGCUGAACGUAGACGCAUCAUUGAAGAACGUUGCGGUAGCCCGAGAAAUCUCAGCGACGCCAGCGAAGAAACACUUAAAAAUAUAAUCAAGCAACACUAUGACAGGAUUAAUAAAUUGGAGGACCAGAAAUAUGACCUUGAGUAUGUUGUUAAACGCAAGGAUGUUGAGGUACACACAAAACAAACGAACACUUUGAUUUUCUUUCUACUUGAAAAAAAUCAGCAAGCACACACAAAAACUAUUUAA